CCGAAAGUGUUCAUUGUUCAGCAUAGUAUACAGGAAGCCAUGAGGGAUCACGAUAGUUUCAUGAGGCGGAUGGGGAUGGAGAUGAAUCUAAAGUUUGAGAAGUACUGGUCAGAUUAUAGCUUGAUUCUUGGAAUUGCAGUUGUUAUGGAUCCUAGGUUUAAGAUGCAAUUUGUGGAGUGGGCUUAUGACAAACUUUAUGGUCCAGAUUCUUCACAAUUAGAGGUCUUUAAUGAUACAUUGUCCUCUUUAUUUGAUGCAUACGUGGAGAAGAGCUUUGAUCCUAAUGAUUCAAAUUACUCGAUAGAUGAGGGUUCUUCUCAAGCACAAGGCGAUCACAGCUUACUUGAGGCUUUUGAUAAUGCUUACAAAAUUGGUUCGAGUUCAAGUAUGAAGACAGAAUUGAGCAAGUAUUUGGAUGAAGUAAGGCUAGAAAGAAAGCAAGAGUUGGAUGUACUUUCUUGGUGGAAAAUGGAGCAAAUUCGAUAUCCUAUUCUUUUUCAUCUAGCUCGUGAUGUGCUCACAAUUCCCAUUUCUACCGUUGCAUCUGAAUCGGCCUUUAGCAUUGGCGGGAGAGUUUUAGAUCAAUACCGCAGCUCACUGUUGCCUGACACAGUUCAAGCUCUGCUUUGUACUCGAGAUUGGAUUUUUGGUAACAAAGAAAAAGAGCGCGCUGAAUUGGAGGAUCUUACUGAAGACGUAUUUGAUUUGACAUUGCAAGAUAGAUCUGGAGAAGGAGAAAGCCGCAAUUAAGAUGACUUAGACGUAUUUUAUUUAGUACAUUAAAAAUGUAUUUUAUUUAGUACAUUAAAUAUGUAUUUCGAACCUAUUGAAAUAUUUAAUUAUAUCUACUAA